AUGUACGCAAAAGAAGGAAAGAAAGAUGGGCAGCCAAAAAAAAGGAACUCUCGAGAUGCAGACUUAAAAGAGAAAAAAAUGAAAUUGGUCCAAGUGGACCAGCUUCGACUGCCCAGAGGCGGAUUCGAACCGCCGUCAACACGGAUCGCUGUAUAG